CUAACAACUACAAAUCAUUGUGGGUUCUCCAUUGAGCUUGAACACACCUAUACAUUUCAGUUAUAUGGCAUGAUUGAGGAGAGUACUCCAAGCUGACAGGAAAUACUUCAGGAAUUUCUUCUCUGUGUUUAAAGAACUGCCAGAAUACCCAGAAACUGUCAUCUAAUUUGCUUUUGAGAUGAGACCGAGAGACUUUUUGUACAUUGUUAGUCUGCUGAUGGUCUUCCUUGUGAUAUGGGGAAUCACUACUAACCAACCCUCCAUAAAGCAAAAUGCCAGGAAUAUUCAACAAAAUAUAUUUGGAGUUCAAGAAGCCAGAUUGUUCUCUACAGCUCUGCCUAAAACCUCCACUCUGAAAUGUGACCUUUCCAAGAACUGUCCUAUCGACCAUUUUGCUUUUCACAUCAGCAGUGGAGCAGCAGACGUUGUGGGUCCAAAGAUCUGCUUUGAUGGUAAAAUUGUUAUGAGUGGUGUGAGAAAUAACGUGGGAAAAGGCCUGAACUUAGUGUUUGUAAAUGGUGAAACUGGCAAGAUUGAAGACUUUAACUCUUUUGACAUGUACUCUGGAAAAUCACAGGAUAUCUUGGACUUCUUGAAAACAAUAAAACCUGGAAUGAUUGUUCUGGUUGCAUCUUUUGACGACUCAGCAACUCAGAUGACUGAUGAAAUCAGGGACAUAUUUGUAGGACUGGGAAGCAGCAUGAUCAAGGAUGUCAAAUUCAGAGACAGCUGGGUCUUUGCUGGAGCUGCCGGGAUAGAGGAGAAAAGCACUUUUGAGAAGCGGUCUGCCAAUGAUGAGAAGACCAAUGUUUAUGGAAAAUGGCCUGAGAUGGUGGAUAUUGCCGGCUGCUUCCCCAGAAAGAUCUAAUAUCCUCAAUAACUCAUACAGAGAUCCUAGAGUGGGACUGCUGAUUUAGGGACAUAUUUAUUCAUUAAGAUAUAUAUGGCUAAACUGAUCCAAGAUCAGCUCUUAUACGAUGAGAUAUUUUCUAAAUACAAGCCUUGAUGUAAGACCACCUAUGAAGAGGGAUCCACAGUAGCUUGUGACUGAUGAUUGAUAGAUUAAACAAAACACCCCAUGGAUCUGUCAACAAUAUGGAAUAAUUCUCUGCACAUGUUACAUAUUGUGAUUAAAAAUAACAUCUCAUUUUUAUAGUUUACAGAAUUUGCUCUCAACUUGGACAUCCGGUCUACUGUACUAUUAGAACUUGUCCGCCCAGUCACAACAACUUGUUGUUAACAGUUCACGGUGCUGUCCCAUUUCUCCGGAAAUGUGUUUAAGUCUUGGGUCAGGGUCCUUUUCUGUAAAAAUAUUUUUUUUUCAUUUAGCACAAAUUCUUAUCAAGAGUGACUUAUUGGGGCAAUUGAUAUUAACCGUCUGGCUCAAGGACAAAAAAAACAAACAGAAGAGAAACAGAUUAUUUCCCAAUGCUGUUUCUAGGAUUUGAUCCAGCAACUUUCCAUUACUGAUCAGAUGCUCUGUCUGCAAGGCUGCCUGUUACUCUGUUAGAUGUUCAUUGCAUCUCCAAAUCAAUUCUAGGCUAAAUUGCACAUCAGAAUGACAGGGACAGGAUUUGGAGGGAAAUAACUUUGUACUGGUCACACACACCUUUUUGUGUGUGUAGCAACAAUAUUGCGUCUCAGCUCCUAAACAAUGCAGUAGGACACAUGAAAGGAAUGACCUUGACAUGCAAAUAAAAGGGAGGAUUAAAUAUUUGAAAGGGAACAGCAUUUGAUUGGUAAUAGAGGUGUUUCAGAUAGAAAUAAAAGCUUUACAGACUCCAUUAGUUGGAUUUAAACCAAGAGCUUGGAAUGUCCCCAAACCUGUUUCCCAAAGGCAAUGAGAUGGUCCAGUAGACAGUUAUUAUAAAAGACAGUGUGCUAUCUAAAAGCCUCUGCAAAGUCUUAUUCAUGAUUUCAGAAGUGCUGGGUGAAGUGGGACACUAAUGUAUUUGUAAUGAAAAAAUUGUCUACCACUUAAUCUGUUAAAGUGUUCCACUCACAUUGAAAGACACGGUGUAACAAAAGGGGCAUCUUAGAUUGUUUAAUGUUUUGUAGCUACCACUGAAUAAUACAUGAUUAACUUGUUUUAUUUAAAAACUGUGGAAAAUACUUUAAUGAAAUAAACAUCACUUGAAUAAGGGUAGCUUAAA